ACUUUGGGAAUUACAUCUUGUCUCUUUGAGUGGUUUAGUGAAAUAUUUUUUCUCCCACAAUCAAAUUAAUUACGCCCGAUUAACACCUUUGUAUCUGGCAGACAUGAAGAAUUUAGAAGAAACAGACAUGAAGACCUGGUCCUACUUGAAAGAGAAUUUCGCAAUUGCCAAAACCAAUAUACCAUUCACUGCCAUUGGGUCCGAUCACGCGAUGGAGCAGGAGAAUAAGGUAAUGAAGGUCACUGGAGGCAUUAAAGGACUGUUACAACAACCAUCUACAUUGAACAGAUUUUGCCUUGUUUCUCCUAUACUUGCAUCAUUAUCGAAAGAGUUUUGUGAUAUACAAAAUGUCAAUGUUGAUCAAAGAAAGCAACACUACCAAUUGAGUGGCUCAACAUGUAGCAGGAUAGCUUCUAACGUCAAUAAAUUGCUUUGUACCAUGGAUGACUUCGAUGUCAACUUCUGACAAUCCGAUUGUGUAUUUAAUGUUGUUUCAAAAGCUGUUCUUCACAAUUCACAAAUACUUCAACAUGCUGAUAUUGGCUCAAAAUGUUAUGAAGAAUUUGUCACGGAGAGGAUAAAAGGAACAAAAUCGAUAUGGGUACCGUUAAAAAAAGUGAAAAUAGUAACUUUCAAAGAUCUUGGAAAAUCUAUAAAAAGAGAGUAGAGGAUAAAGUUAUACAACUCAAAAAGGAAAAAAACGCUACUAUCAAGAUUUUUAAUCACUGCACGGAAACGUCCCGAGUUGGAUUUGGAGCACUGUAUUGGCAACUUUGGGUUUUCUGUUGUACCAAAGGCCUUGUUCAGUGCUGAUGGAAUUCCAUUGGCUUGUUUAGACAAAUCAAAAUUGAUUCACGGUAUAGAGGAAUUAGCCAGCAAAGGACAAACGACCAAUGGUUUAUCUGGAGAAGUCGAAACAAACAAAGUAAUCAUUAUAGAUGGAAUGGCUGUUGUGAAUCAAACUUCAAAAACACCGGCAGUUAAAACAUGCAAGGAUUUUGCAUCAGCUUUCACAGAACGUGUACUACAAAUUUCAAGAGGAUGUGAUGAAAUACGAUUGGUAUUUGAUCGCUAUAUAGAAAACUCCUUGAAAGCACGGACAAGAAAGCAUCGUACAUCUGGUAAUGAAGUUCGAUACAAAGUAUCAGACAACACCAAUAUUUCAUCCAUUAGUCUCAAGCAAUUUCUUUCCCACAUUAAUACAAAGCAAGCUUUAACCAUCUACCUGGCAAAGAAAGUGAUGGAGGCUCUUUCAUCAUUGCAUAUUCGGUAUAUAGUGACUUAUGAUACUAAAAUGGAAUCAAAUUUUGUUGAUUGCAGAAUACACGACCACGAAGAAGCUGACACAGCACUUAUAUAUAAUGCUAUGGAUGUUGCACAACAAUCUCCUUUCACCAGUUGUAUUGUUUACUCUCCGGAUACUGCGGUGUUUCUACUGCUAAUUUACUACUAUGAGAUGUUACCAAUAAAUACCAUUUUUAGAACAGGGCGAGGUUCUACUCUACGUGAUAUUGAUAUUCGUAAUUGCUUUGAAGCCCUUGGUGCAGUACACGCGAAAGCUAUUCUUGGUUUUCAUACGUUCACAGGGUGUGACCAAACUGGGCGUUUCAACAAGAAAUCGAAGUCUGCUUGGCUGAAGAUUUUUUUACAGGCAGAUAAUGAGGUGGUUCUGGCAUUAUCGACACUUGGAAGUACUGUCGAACUUCCUAACCUGGAAACACUGGAAAGCUUAGAACGUUUCGUGGUUUCAAUGUAUAAGGGGAAUAAAUGUCCUGCAGACGUGGUAUCACUAUCUCAAUUGCGUUGGCAUUUAUUCUCCAAAUUCCAGUGUGAUGCUGAUAUGUUGCCACCAACAUUAGCUGCAUUGAAGUACAAAAUAUUCAGGUGUCACUUCAUUUCAAUGGUUUUACGAAGCUCGCAUAUCCUCAUUCAACAACUUCCGAAUGCAGUCAAUUAUGGUUGGGAUACAGAUGAAGUCGGUAACUUAUCCCCCAUAAUGACUGAUGAACUUCCUGCACCGUUGGCACUCAUCGAGUUAAGUUCUUGUAAUUGCAAAACAAGUUGCAUAUCCAACCGAUGUAAAUGCCGUAAAAAUGGUUUUUUGUGCACUGACAUGUGUAAAUGUACGACGUGUCAAAACAGUGGUUGCGCAAGCGAUGAAUCCGAGUCAGAUGAAUAUAGUUCUAGUGAUGAUGAGUGAAUGAAACAUUGUACAAGCAUUGCUGAAGUUGUUUUUUGUCAUUAUUUUCAGCAAUUUUUUUAACUUUGUGAAAUUGCCAGAAAGAAAGUAAACAACUAAACACGUGCUUUGGUCUGUAAAUUACUGGUCUGUAAAUUAUCCCUUGAAGUGAUUUGAACAAUAAAUUUUGAUCAAACAGAAAGACAUUGGGUGACCCAAUACCAUACUAAAAUUCAACAAAAAAACUUCGCUAUUGAGCAGGUUAUAGUCAUUUUUGUGCUGGGUCAGUAAAUUAUCGGUCUGUAAUUUGUACAAAGUUUGAAUAGUAAUAUCUUUCGAACGUUACGUUUUGAAGACAUGGUUCUUACAUUUUUUUUGAUCCACUCGAUCUCCUCUUUUCAACGAUAUAUAAUAUGACAUAUAAAUGUGAAAUUAUUUUUUUGCUGACUGUAAAAGUGAUGACGUCAUCUAAUUUGGUCCGAUGGGACAAAAAAUUUUGCCACCCAUAUUUUUUUGGUAAUUUGGGACCUAAGGAACAACUUUAAAUCAAAAAAUCACUUUUAACACACAUGUGCACACGAAAUUACAUAGUGGCCCUCACUAUUACUGCCAUAUUCAUUCUCGAAAUCGGUAGCAGUUUUUCUUAGAGCAUAAUUAGAACAACCUGGUGAUGACUUACCACCAAACAAAUGAACUGUCAUUCUAAAUUCCUUCAAAGGAAGGGAUAGGUUUCCAUUAGGCCACCAUAGAUAUCUUAAAAAGUUCUGAUGCUUAACAGGAACUUUCACUUGAUAAAACAUGGCUUCAAUAUCUCUAAUGAUUGCUAUUUUCUCCUGUCGAAAUCUUGUUAAAACACCAGUUAAUUGAUUCGUCAGUCCAGGACCCUGCAGCAAACUUUCAUUUAAUGAUUCAGUUGCAUGAUGAUAAGUUGCACUACAAUCAAAUACCACUCGAAGUUUGUUAGGUUUCUUAGGGUGAUAAACACCAUGAUAUGGAAGAUACCAUAUAUGACCUGGAGUUUCCUCCUUGUUCAAAUCAUCUACUUCAACAGCAAAUCCCUUAUCAAUCAGAUUAGUCAUAAAGUCUACGUGAUGUGCAUGCAUAAUUUUAUUUCUCUCUAGCUUCCUGUUCAAAUGCAUGCUUCUUUGAACAGCUUGUUUACAGUUGUUUUGCAUUAUAACAUUUUCAUUAGAAAAUGGUAAAGGUAUUUGAUAAUGCCCAUCAACUCGUUCUACUUCGAAUUCCAUUUUAUCAAGAAACUUUCUUUCUGACUUUGAGAAGGCUUUGCUUAACUGAGAAUAAGAUUUAUUUCUGUUAGAUGGUAGCUCACAAAAAUCGUGAUGGUAUAUAAAUAACAUUAUCUGGUUCAUCCAACCAUCUUUGAACUCACCACGCUGUAGACAAUUUCAAAUUCUUACUUGAUGCGAUUGGUCCGGCAACACACCAUCCCAACCUUGACUGAUAAGCAUAGGGACCACCAACUUUCAUAGGCUCCAACGCUGCUGGACAAUUACCUCCUAUUAAUAAACCAAGAUAUGUUUUCAAUUGUUCGGAAGGUGAUCAAGUAUGCCAUCUAGAUAACCCCACCUUUUAACUUUCCUCAGAGUUGGCACUUCAUACAAGUCUACAGGAAGCUCUAUACUACUAUACAGGCCUGGUCAUAACUUUUUUAACUGGCGUGGGGUGCAUCACGCACCUAUAUUUAUCGAGGUGCGCGAUCAUUAUCACGCACCUUGAUUUUCUUAGAUGCGUGAUUUUAAACCUUAUAACAAAAACAGCUAUCACCAUUUAGCAUUUUUAGCAUAGCAAAGUAACCAUAAAUUAUUUAAAACAAAAUAUCUGACUAUUUUAAAAGUUUAAAAAUGAAUAGCGACGAUAGAAAUGUUUUUUUAGAUCGCAUUCUAAAAGUUUAAAAACGAAUAGCGAUGAUAGAAAUGUUUUUUUAGAUCGCAUUUUAAAAGUUUAAAAACGAAUAGCGGCGAUAGAAAUGUUUUUUUAGAUCACAUUUAAGUUUAAAAACAAAUAGUGAUGAUAGAAAUGUUUUUUUAAAUCGCAUUUCAAAAGUUUAAAAAUGAAUAGCUGCGAUAGAAACGCUCUUUUAGAUCGCGUUAUAAAAGUUUAUAACUGAAAAGCGGCGAUAGAAAUGUUUUUUUAGAUCGCAUUUUAAAAGUUUAAAAAUGAAAAGAGGCGAUAGAAAUGUUUUCUUAUAUUGCAUUUUAAUAGUUUAAAAACGAAAAGUGGCGAUAGAAAUGCUUUCUUAGAUCGCAUUUUAAAUUUUUUAUUUCUUCAUAACGAGAACAUUCGUAAUUUCCCUUUUUUAUACUUACUUAAUUUUUUCGCCUAAAUUUAAUUUUUUAACCACAAGCAGAUACAAACUAAGUUUAAUGGAAUUAAUAACAACUAACGAAAAUUGGGUUGCUAUUACCCGGGGUAACUUGUUAAUGCUUGACCAUGAUUAUUUACCGUUAUUGAUUGCGGCGCAGUGUUUGGGGCUCACUGCCUCUAAGCUUGCUUUGUGAACGUCCCCCCACCCCUUAAAAUAGUUUAAACUUUGUGAGGUGUACAAAGUAAUGGAAAUACUGUUGUUCAAGUCUAUGCAAGAAAGUCUCAUUGUGCGAAUGGAUGUUUGUAUAAAUUUUGCCAUGGCCCAUCUAAUUUUGGAAGGCGCACGAUUCAUCACGCACCUAGGUUGAGGCUCCAAGGUUGAGGUAGGUGUGCGCGGAGGCGUAGGCGCGUGAUCAUGCGCCUUAUAUAAACAGGCCUGACUAUAAGGAUGAAGCUGCAAGAUUUUCAACAAACAGACAUUUCUCAUUCUUCUCUCCAUGCAUAGUUUUCAAAGAUAUUGAUGUUUUAGUUCCUUCUAGAUUUAGUUCAUUUAAUAAAUCUUCUCUUAUAAAUGUACCUUGACUGCCAUUGUCUAAUAAUGCAAAUGUCUUAACUGAUUUUUCAGGCCUUCGUUGAUGUCAUAAAUUGACAGGAACGAUGCAAAGACUGGUAACUUCUGCAUUGACUCCUAUUGACCAACAAUCAAGUGUGUUUAUAAGAUUGGAGCGAACUGUCUUGUCUUGACCUUGUGUCAUUGCUUCCACCUUCGUUGUCAUCUUUAUUUUCAUCUUUUUUCUCCAUCCUCCUUUUGUAUCCAUGGAGACCGGUAGGAUGUGUUUCUCCACAUGUCUUGCAUUUUCUACGACUCUUGCAUGUCUUAGCUGAAUGACUUUUACUCAUUUCUUCGUAGCAACAGAAGCAUAGACGUUUCUGAAAUCAUGAUAUUUACCACAGCAAGGGCAAACAAUCACGUUUCCCCUAUUAAAACUAGUAGCAAACGAUUUCUGCCUGUGUUUUACCUUUUCAUCAAGUAAUUUUGGUGAUUGAACUGACAUUGCUUGUCGAGAGUACAAAGGAUCAUUCACCAAAGUUGUUUCUUUGUCAAUUAAACUGAUGAAGUCCUGUAAUCCAACUUCUCUUCCUUUCUCUCUGAUAUCAAAUACUUGACGGUUCCAUCUAUCAUGCAAAUAAACUAGUAAUUUACCUUGUAGUCAUUAAAGAAGUUCCAGGCUAUUACCACUGGUACAAAUAUAUGAUAACACUGCAGAUUCAAACUUGGUAAGAAAGAAAUAAAACCUUCUAAAACUUUCUGGUUCAUUUGGUUUUAGUUUUGGCCAAUUUGAAAGCUGCUUUUGAUAUUCACUCAAUACACGAUUUCUGUCACCAUAUCUUUUGUCUAACAACCGUUUUGCCCUCAAAUAACCUUCUUCCGCUGGAAGGUAAACACAACAUUUUACUAACUCCUUCGCUUCACCUUCUAAGAACUGUAUCAAUCGGGUUAAACAUCCUUGACUAUCUUUGUUUCCACUGAUUCAAUGAAAGUAGUCAUGAAAUACUCAUAAUCUAAAACGUUUCCACCGAAUACAUUAAGAUCAACUUUAGGUGCUUGUAUGUGCUUCAACAUGUCAGAUAGCAAUCUUAAUUCACUUCCAUUGCCUUCCGCUUUUCUAGAAACAUACUGUCUAGUAUCUGGUAACCUCUUAUGGACCAUUCUUUCUUCUACAUUGUUCAUAUUACAUAAUCUUCUACAAAUUUGUCCUUGUUCAUAUUCUCUAUGGGAAAGGAUCUAAUGGACUGAUCCAAAGACUCCAUAUCCUCCUGCUGAUAUACCUUCAGCUUUGCUGCUGAUUUAGCCAUAUCAAACUCCAUAUUUACUUUAGCAACUUCCUUUUGCUUCUCUAGAAAUUCUGCCUUAAUUUGUAAUUCUGCAAGCAUCGCUCUUUCUCAAAUAGCAGCUUCUCUAACUGAGCUGGUUGUGUUUUUAGAUCUCUUGCUUCUACAUGAUCUUUGUGAAUUACUACAGGAUUUGUUGUCAAAGCCUUCACUUUCACUCAACAAUUCUCUACAUCUCGUUUUAAGAUGUCUUUAUCCAACAUAUUGACUAAAGCGUCAUCUUCCUCCUCUGGAACUCCUAACAAUAUUUGGCACCUAGCAUGCCUCUUAAGCAAUUCACGAAACUGUUCAUCUAACUGAACAACUAUAUAAAACAGAAGUCCCUAAUGGACAAUUAAACAAACAAUUAUAAAGCAACACAAUAGAACAACACGCUGUGACAUCACUACAUAGAAACUAAUGCCCACAUGGAAACUUGAGAGACACACUUGUACUAACACAAUUAACAACAUCAAAAAAAAGAUAUAAAAGGGUAACACAUAAACAUAUAACAAAUAAAUAAAUAAACUGCCAUGGAGGCAGUAACACUUUAUAAAUCUAUCAAUUUUUUGUUAAUUAAGGAGAUUUGAAUGAAAAAAUAAAACGAAGUACAUUUGAUUGUAUGCAUGUAGAUAGACUUCUUAUUUUUGCUCCCAAAUCCGUAGCCUCCAUGCACAAAUCUAUAACCUUCAGAUGACUUCCCAACAUGACCAUUAAAGUGGCCGCCCACCUUGACAAGUUGACUGUGUGCAAACCUUGAUGUGACUGCUAUUAACUAAUAGCCAGGGGACUCGGCGUCGCACGCCAGGGUAAGCGCCACAAGUAAAAGUAUUACCCAGCAUUGAAAUUAAUAAGAACCGUAAACUGUGCCACACAUUCAGGCUGAGUACUGUAGUAUAGGUAUGCAGUCUGUCGUAAACCUGGUGAAGCGCACAGAGUGUUUCAGGUAUAAUAUCAUCAUCAUCAUCAUCAUCAUUCUUGGCUUAACGUCCGUUUUCCAUGCUAGCAUGGGUUGGACGGGGUAUAUUAAUGAACCUCUUCCAAUCUGAUCUAGACUGUGUUAGAUCUAAACUCAACUUCCUCUGUAUCAAGUCUGUCCUUAUAACCUCCUGCCAAGUCUUUCUCGGUCUGCCUCUGGGCUUUGCCGCAGGAACUAUCAAGUCUCCACACUUUCUUACCCAAUUAUCCCCUCCAUUCUUUCCAAGUGCCCCAGCCAAUUCAAUCUUCUUAUCUGGAUAACAUCUUUAAUUCUACGGAUACUUAGCCUGCUUCUUAGCUCAUCUGAACUCUUUUUGUCUCUCAGACUGGCGUUACACAUCCACCUAACCAUUCUCAUAUCAUUCCUUUCUAAACAGUCAAGAUCUUUCUACUUCACUGACCAUGUCUCACUACCGUACAACAUAACACUUCUUACACAGGCCUCAUACAACCUACCUUUUAACUCACUUGACAAGACUCUGCUAGCCAACAAAGGAAGUAACUCUCUGAACUUUUUCCAAGCAGAACCUAUCCUGCAGGUAACACUUCUUCCAACACCCCCUUCACUGCCCAACAUAUCACCGAAGUAACAGAAGUUCUCAACUAUCUCUAACGAGCCACUGUUGUACAUCAUUGAAGCUGGAAAUACUUCAUUCUCUAUAAUUUCACCUUUGCAACGCUUGCAUACAAACUGAAUGUCAGCUCUUAACCUUCCACCAAUACUACUGCACUUAUGUACUCAAUGCUUGCAAGUCUGACAAAAAAUUGAGUUACUACCAACCCCUUUCCUGCAAACUCCACAAGGCCACUUUCCAACUACAAGGUCACACUUGGCUGCAAUGCUACUAAUUAUGACUUUAGACUUUGCUGUGUUCACCCUUAGCCCUUUCUCUUCUAGUCCUUUCUUCCACUUUUCAACUAAUUCUGCUAUGAGAACCAAAUCAUCUGCAUACAAUAACUCCCAUGGACAACCUGUUCUGAACUCCAUCAACAGCGCUUCUAAGACUAGAACAAACAACAAAGGACUAAGUACAGAACCCUGAUGUACACCAAAAUUUACACUAAAUUCAUCACUAAGUGAAUCGUUAAUCCUGACACGACUUAAGCAUUGCUGUACAUAGACUGUACCAUCGUAACUAGCCACUCAUUUACACCUAAUUUUCUCAUAUAUUUUUCAAAAAAAAAUUUCCUGCACAAUUAGCUUAGUCUACAACGUGUUGUUACCCUCUCAUAGUAAAAACACCUGACCAAACAUUGUUAUUGUUUAAAAAAUGUUUGCAGUGAAAGUUCAAAAAUGAAUGUACUCUGGGCCGCGGGCUUAGUACAGUUAAACAAUGUCGCACAUUCAUGUAGGUACAAUAACACAAUAACAAUAACACUAGACUAAGCGCUUAGUACAGGUAAACCGUGUUUAUUCAUGGUGUUAACUCCCUCAUAGCAAUAAAAUUAGUCAAUAUUGUUUUCUUUUGCAUAAUAAGUUUCAAUAAGCAUUAACAUAUUAAUCAUGACACUGCAAUGAGCCUUUAGUACAGGUAAACUGUGUCACACGUGCCUAUAGGCGUAAUAGCCUUUUCCCAAAAUAAGUUAUCAUAACUUCAAUUUAAAUAAAAAUACACAAAACAGCCCAUUCUUAACACCAGGCAAGCUAGGCGUAAUAGCUUUUUUCAAAAAAAACUUUAUCACAACGGUUUAAAUAAAAACAGGAAACAGUUACUCUGUCCAGCUAAAAAAAAUAAUACUUUGUGGAUAAAGUUUUUAUGACAGUAAUAACAUGUGUAGUUACCUAAGCUAAAAACUGCAUUUGGCUACUUUUACUUUUACUUUUAAGGUAGGUCAAGAGCUAGGGAGCCUUCGAAAAAAUUUCCCAGGUCACAAACAAAUUUUUAAAAUUUCUUAAUCCUUAGCGGAUUUUUUUUUUCAGACUCCCUCCCCUUACACUUCAGACUCCCUCCCCUUAGCAGCAAUAUCCUGCUAACAGGGCCCAGAAAAAUUUUUGAAGGCCCCUAGGUAGCUAGCUAAUAGCCACAACCCCAACAUAAAAUUAAAUAUUGAUAUACCAAAGUGAAUAAAAACUUUAAAAGAAUGGGAAUAAAUAAGGCUGUGUAUAGGUAGCUAGCUUCAGCAGAAUGCUAUACCUCAAAAUCUACUUCCUAGCUAAAAUCUUAAAAUUGUUUUGUUUAAGAUUUAUGGCUAGAAAACUUGAGAAAUAUUAAGGGGUGAAACGUUAAGGUGUAGCUAAGUGCUUCAAAUAAAAUGGGAAAAUAUUGGGAAAAAAUAAAGUGUGUAAAAGCAAUGUAAAACCAAUUUGUCCUCAUAGCCUCGUGGUUGCGAUAUUCUAAUGAACUCAUGAAAGCCCUGGCCUAAAAUUAAAUGCCAGGUUGUGCAAACACGUGAAACUAAUAAGGUUUGUGAUUGUUUAAUAAAGCUAAACUCUGGCACAAAAAGGUUGACAGGCUUAUUAUUCCGGAUUAAUGGUCCCGAUUAAUGGUGGGGGUGGCUAGGUAAAAAAUGUGGACUUUUUGCAGUGGAGAAAUUUGUGGUAAAAAGGGAUGUGUCUUUAAAAAGAUGUAUAAAAAGGUUGGUAGGACGAUGAAAAGGUUACGAAAAAAACAAAUACUAUGAUUGUUUUAGUAUUGUUCAGGCGUGGUAGAGAGGGAAGCAGCUAUGUGCAGCUAUGCGAAGCUAAGCUAACAUUUUGUAUGACAAACAAAUAGACAGACGUACAGACAGACAUAUACGGGUAUUAUAAUAUAGUAUCUUCCUCGCUGAGUCCACACUGCACUGACAGAAAGGUGACAAUUCUAUUACCUAUCAAAAACUUUAUCACUAUACUAUGACUAUCAACACGCAUAACAUCUAUUACUUUUUCUACCCACUUCUCUGCAACGAAUAUGCCAACUCCUUCAUAUGCAUCACUAUUACCAAUCAAAAAAGCUUAUACCUUGCCCUCCUACCUCCAACAAAUCUCACUGAAGCUCCUCUCCACCUGACUUCCUGUACACAACAUAUCAACAGAUCUACAUUUUAGCAUAUCAACUACCUCACCUGCUCUACCUCUCAGUGCACCAACAUUUACAUUAGCCAUCCUCAACCUAAUGUUAUCUAUUCUGUAAUGCGAUAGCUGGGUAACAAUCUGACGAUGCUCACACCUAACAUCAGUCCUACCUUGCGCAAUCACCUUUACUCCUGAAAGUUCCAGUCCCGUUUACGCAGUUUGUAUGAUCAACUGUUCUCACAGCCAUUAAUAAAGAGUUUUGGAUUGUUUUUCAUCUAGAUGCCCUUCCUAACACUAACUGUUCACAGUCCGACUGGGUUUUUUUUAAAGUGACAUUACUAUGUGGCUUUCAUGGGACUUCCGCAAUUGCCCCUUUAAGACAAAGGUAAGGUGGAGGACAUUCAACUUCUCAAAAAAGACCCCCAACCCUUUAAAGGGUUUAAUUUGCCUAAGAAAUAAUGGUAAUCUUAAGAAACAUUUUUUAAACAUUUUACAGAUCUGUAUGCAGGAUUUUGAUGCAAAAAAGGAUAUGCAUAAGCAAAAAAAAUAAAUGGGGUCAAUUUAUCCUAAAUUUAACGAAAUUAAACAAGUUUAUUUAAAAAAAAUGCAAAUGAACAAUUCAAAAAGUUUGUCCUUAAAAAAGUUUCAUGUAUAGGCAUUUUGAAGUUUUGUAAGAUAAUAUUCACUAAACUAGUCAAUAAUCCCGUGGAGAAAUCUUCUUAGGCAAAAGUUCAAUAAAAGAAAAUUUGUUUUAGUUGUUUUGCUGAAGUCAGCAGUGCGGUGCAGAUAAAAAAAAUUCGCGAAAUUUGUUUAUUCUUUGUCUGUAAUGUGUAGACUGAUCAAAAUAAUAUCGGGAUUAUAUGUUUUUGACAAAUGCAUAGUCGAUAAGGCCAAUGGAAAAAUCCUCUAAGGCAGGAUAAAAAUGAAAAGGAAGCGUCAUUUGAAUUUUGAUGAUGUCAGUAACCAAUCCAAAAAAAAUAAGAACCUUGUUUUCACUGUGCAUAUAAUGUGUAGAUGUUAAAACUCUGAUUAAAAUAAUGUAUAGGAUCAUAUGUUUUGGACAAACGCCAUAAGGUUUUUGCUGACGUCAGCAAAGACCUAUGAAAAGACAAAAAUUAUUUUUUUAAAAAUUUGUAUACCCGUUGCCUUUAUCGUAUAGAUCUUGGAACGCUGAUCAAGAAAAUGUAUAACAUCAGGUACUUUUAAACAGUUGCAGAAAUAUUUGGCUUUGAAGGUUUUUUGGUGACGUCAUCAACACGUCCAAACUGAAACGGAUUCGGGGACUAAGGUUUGGGAAACUUACUCAAAUUGGUCCCAGGUUGGUCCCAAGAAUGAUGAAUGAUGAUGAUGAUGUGGUCCCUAGUUACCUACACGUGCACUGUCAUGGCUUCAUUAAUUUUAUAUAGGAUAUUGACGUUAAAGUAGUGUUAUUGACGUCGCGCCGUAGCGUCAUAAAAUUUAACAAAUAAGACAUAACUUUUUCGGCUACAUCAAAGGAAAAUAAACAUAUCCACUUUGCCUGUCACGGAGAGACGGACACACUUAGUGUAUUAUCAUAUAGACUAGUCGACAAGGCUCAUAGAGAAAUCCACUGAGGCAGAAUAAAUAUUUUGAUGACGUCAGCAACCCAUCAACAAAAAAAUAAAACUUUGUUUUCACGUUUCCUCUAUUGUGUAGAGCUUAAAUCGCUGAUCAAGAAAAUGUAUAUGUUCGUGUGGUUUUGAUGAGCGGUUAUUGUGAUAUAAGAGUUUAAAAAUUUUGCUGACGUCAGAAAUGGCCUGUCAAAACCAAAAAAAUGUUCUUGGAAAUUUCUACACCUGUUGCCUUCAUCGUAUAGAUAUUGAAACGCUGAUCAAGAAAAUGUAUAGAAUCAUGUACUUUUGACAAACGGUUGCAGAGAUUUAGGAUUUAAAGGUUUUUUGAUUACGUCAUCAACCUGUCCAUUCCGAAACGGAUGUUGGGACCCAGGCUUGAAAAAAUUGCCCAAAUUGGUCUUAGGUGGUCCCUAGUUACCCACGCAUUGAAAAAUCAUUGACGUCACCACCCCGUUUCUAAGUUAUUUGACCUCAAAGUUUUAGGUGCAUUGUAAUGGCUUCAUUAAUUUAAUAAGAUAUUGACGUUAAGAAGUAUUAUUGACGUCGCACCAUUACGUCAUUAAAUUUAACAUACAAACAGACAGAUACAGUCUCUGUAUUAUUAAUAAUAUUAGUAAUAUUAUUGCUAAGUUUUUUUCGCAAAAGUUUCUUAGAUUAGAGUAUUAGUUUUUGAACAGCUCUGUCAUGCUUGCAAAAAUGCUCAAGAAAUUACUGGUUAUCCUAGACCAAUUGUUUCAAAUGUAGCUGUAAUUGUUUUGAUGGAAAUCUACUUAUUUAUUCCUACAAAAGAUAAAAGAAUAAUUAACUUAACUAGAUUGCUACUGUUUUAUGUUAAUUCUUUUCCAGUUUAAAGUUGUAGCAGCAAGUAUUGAGUGAAACUAAUUGUAAACUGGGUCUAAAGUUGUUUACAAUAUCACCAACCUUGUCUAAUAUUGAGUAAAUGUUUGAAUAUUAAUGACACUGUUACAUAUUUGCUUUUGGGUUGUUAAUAGGAUAUUUUAGACCCACUGUUUCGUAUUUUUUCACUGAGUUUAUGCUUGAUUAUUUCUCAUCUAAAAAAAUAUUACAAUGUCAUUAUCAUUUGAUCAUCAAAUUGACAGCGAUUGAAUUUUAUGAUUUUGCUAUCUGUUGAAUAAUUGUUGUGUAAUUCUUAUACAUGUGCUCUUUGAGGACAUUUUGACUUUUAAAGGUUUUUCCACCUUUUUUAUCAUUAACAACAUCAUGUGUCACUUUCCAUCUGUAAGAACACAAAAAGAUGUUGUUGCAUUGCUUUUGUAAAACAUUCAUCUGAAACAUAAACUCGUAAUUUUUCCUUGCAAAAAUCUUCCAAUUUAAAAUAUCCCAAAAAAAUUUUAAAAUGCGUUUUAGCAAAAAUUUGGCCAAAAAAAUUCGUAAUGUUUUGGUCUCAGGAAUUUGUCUUGUUUUUUCUCUGAUUAAAGUACUAAGAAUGUUACAGUGAGAAUAAAAAAUCG